AUGGCAUCCCAACCCUCGUUCGAGAUGGCUACAGCUGCCGGUCAGUUCACAGGCGAACCGCGUCAACUUUCUCUAUCUUCAUUGGUCAAGAAGGAGGUUGCAGAUUCUCUCUUUGGAGCGCCAUCCUACUGUCGCAGGAACGUCUCGGUGAUGGCCGUCGGCUUUCCGACCCGGCUCAUAUACCCGAUAGCCCGUUUCGACUUUGUCUUCCCGACCGCCACGAGUCCCAAGUUCUCCAAUUUUGCUCUCGAGAGAUACCAGACCGCUGCGCAUCAUCUUUGCGUCAUGGUUACAUCUCCUGCGCUAAGCUCUUCGAAGGGAGCCUGUUCAACCAUGCACAUUCUACAGACGGGCUUCACGGCAACUUGUACUUGUGGAAUACGCAUUGACUUCUGCUUUGCUGAAAGACGUCGGCAUGCACACUCGCAGUCAGAGCAUGAGGGCCUGCUGCUUGCAGAAGAAGAGUACAUAUGUUACUCCAAUGACUAG